CAGACGGUCUCCUAAUAAUCAGCUGACCUGCGUUACUCCGGAGCGAACGUGUACAUUUCGAAUAUAAUUAUGCAUAUGUACACGAUACAAGUGUUUAUUUAUCGAUAAUAUUAACUGUGUAAAUAUAUAUGGAGGUUAUUUUACAUGUGAAGCUCCCGGGUUGGUUGGUGAGCGUUAAUGCGCUUUAAUGUUGGCGGGGAAAACCCACAACUUUCGCUUCGCAAUGUUAUCAUAGUUUAUCGGAUAUUUUAACUUGGGACUGAAGAUGGAUGGAUAAAGUCGACCGAAAUUAACUUGUGGCAAUUUUACACCAAGACAAACUACUUACAAGAAGUACAGGAGGAGUUCAUAUCAUUCACAACACGAACUUGUGUAUCAUUUUCUCCCAAAACAAAACCUCAUGGCUGUUGAAUCAUGUCUUAUGGAAAUACAAAAACGCCGCGUGGAGCUAGUGGAGAAUUGGAGCAAACACUUGAACCCCCUCCUGGAUCAUCUCCUCGAACUGGGGGCUGUGACAAAAGAAGACCUGAGUUUUAUAAAAGGCGGUGGGCUUUUAGGAGAACGAGACUGCAUGAGGACACUGCUGGACGUCCUGCAAGGACGAGGAGAGGAACCGUGCCAAGCGUUUUUGUUCCUCUUGUCCAAAUUCGAAACUCCUGGCUUCACUAGAAACGCAAACCUGAGCUUGAAAGGUUCAGUAAGCGACUAUCUCCAAAGACACAGGGAUAUCUUGGCCAAGCAACCCACACCGGGAAAUUAUCUCGGAUCACGAUCUGGACUUCCCAAGGCAGACUGGUUCACGGACAUUACGUUUUCUAGGCACACAAGACGCCAAGUGCCGGUCCAUUUCCAGCAUGAGACGUCAGUCGUCGGGGACGCCUUUAGGGCAGGGAGGUCCGAGGCGAAAGGACAGGGGGAGACAUGUUUUUUUAAAGAUAUCUAUCAGAACCUGCUUUCUGACUCAGGGAACGGUGUGGCAUUGCUAUCAGGGGUUGCAGGUAGUGGCAAAACCACAGUAAUUAAACGGUUAGUCCAGGAAUGGGCUGUAGAUUUAAACACGCAAAAAAUCAUCUUACCUCUGUCUUUUCGUGAACUUAGCCUAAUUACUGAACCCCAGAGCUUCCAGGUUUUGCUGUCUGAUCAUUACAGUCAUCUGAAACGUAUUCUGCCUGAACUGAUGACCUCGAACCAACGGGAACUUCUGCUUAUUCUGGAUGGUCUUGAUGAGUUCUGUUUCCCUUUGGACUUUGAACGAACGCCUAAAUGUUCAGACCCUGAGCGGGAGCUGUCAGUAGGAGCCAUGGUAGUGAAUCUUAUAAAAAGGAACCUCUUGCCAGAUAUCGCUAUUCUUCUCACUUCUCGGCCUCACGCUGUUGCAAAAGUUCCACAGCUGCUGGUGGACCAGUUCUACAAUGUGCUGGGAUUUUCCCCGACUCAACAACGGCAGUAUUUCGAGAGAAGCUGUAGCUCCAGCCAGAUUGCUGCUACUGUAUGGGGAUUUGUGUCUUCCCACAAACCCCUUCAGCUCAUGUGUCACAUCCCUGCCUUCUGCUGGAUUGUGUCUACAGCCUUGCACAAUGACACUUCCUGCCUCAUUUCCGACAUAGUACCACAGGGCGUCGAGUUACAAACAAGUAUAAGUGAAGAAGUAAGGGAAGAUCAGUGUCGCACCUCAUAUGAAACUAAUACAGUGGUAAACUACAGCCGUGCCAUUGGGUCCAGGCCAGUCACAAUCACUGAAAUCUACUGCUGCUUUUUUAAAACCAUACUGCUCUUCCAUGUAAAUGGGUGUGUGGAGGGCAUGCACCUCACCCGGCUCCAGGAUGCUCCUCGUGUCCUCAAGGAGACCAAAGAAAAUAUUAAAUGUUUGGGAGCCCUGGCCUUCAAAGGCCUGCUGGAGAGAAGAUUUGUUUUUGACUCCUCAGACCUGUCCUCUUUCUCUCUAGACUGCUGCAGUGAGCUCUUACGUGCCUUCUUAGUGGAAAUUCUUAAAGAGGACAGAUCUUCUCUAACAUGUGAGAAAAGCUUUCAGUUUAUCCAUACCAGCGUGCAAGAGUUCCUAGCUGCACUUUAUUAUGUUUUGGAGUCAUUGUCAGGUUUAGACCCAUUUACACUGCUUAAGCCAAAUGUGGGCCUGCUCGCUCCAGCAAUGCACACGCACCUAAUGUCUGUGGUUAGUAAAUUACGUCAACCAAAACACCUCUUGCGUAGACGUAUUAAGAAAGCUCUCCGCUGGGGAGAACGACAUCAAUCUGGACACCUGGACCUCUUCUGCAGAUUUGUAUCUGGCUUGCUAGUUCCCAAGACCCGCUUCAUCUUGAAUGGGCUUUUCUGUGAUCAACCAAGGUCUUAUUUGGCCUCGUGUGUGCCUUUACCUCAUGCACCUCCUUCGUUUGUACUGCAGUUGCUUCACUCUCAGCUCCAGAGCCCCAGUCUGAGUCCUGAGAGGCAUCUGAAUGUGUGCCAUUGUCUUUAUGAGGCUCAGGACCCUGAGCUGCCUCAUCGACUUCAGUCCUGGCUAAAGUUGCUUUCUCAGGAAGGCAAGGGUCAGUGUAAUUUAGCUAACAGGGACUGGAGUGAGCUAGCUUUCCUGAUGCAGCUGAGUCCGGACCUGCAGACGUUAAGUCUGGAUGCGCAGGGGCUUAAUGCUGAGGGACUACGCCGACUCCUGCCUGUGCUUCCCCUCUUCUCCACACUCAGGCUUGCACAGAAUCCUUUGGGUCCAGAGGGGGCAGAAGUGUUGUCUCUUGCUCUGCAGAGCCCCGACUGUCAUAUCGAGAGACUGUGGGUGGUAUCGACAAGUCUGGGUUGUGAGGGGGCCAGGAUCCUAGCAGAGGGACUGAAAAGGAACCACACAGUGGUUGACCUAAGAAUGGCAAUUAAUAAAAUUGGUGAUGUUGGAGCUGCCUCUCUUGCUGAAUUAUUGAAGACUAAUCGUACCCUAAAAGAUAUCAGACUUAGGGACAAUUUAAUGACUGACAAAGGGGCAGAAUUCCUCAAGGCAGCCCUUAUGGAGAACACCACCUUGGAGUACCUCUGGCUGUUUGACAACAAAUUUUCCAAGGAAGGUGUGCGGCAGCUGAAGGAAUUUUCAAAGAACAGACCCAGCCUUGACAUCAAGGUUUGCUACUGAUCCCCAGUUCACAAAUACCCAAAGUUUAAACGCAUGCCUUGGGUAAAUGAAAAGAGUUAGACUUAAGAAAACUCUAGUCUGAUCUAGGAUUAUAUUGAGCCAACCUGCAUGUACACGGGUUCUACAAAUAUCGGAUGCGUUGUACAGGCUGAGGUACGGUGCAUUGGACAGUAUUGCUUUUCACUUUAUACCUGAACAUGCAUGAAAAGGUUGUUGUGUGCUGCAUUUUACAUUCCUGGAAUCACUCUUACAUUAAACAUGGUUUGUGACAUGCUGCAUUAUCACAUUGAAGAUUUUCAUACACUGUAGCCAUAAACCCGUAAACACAGGUAUUUCGUAGCUAUUGUGCUUCACAAAUGUUCACUAUGUUCUAUGAACUCAAGUACUGUAUGUACCACUAAGAACUCAAUGGAUUUGUUUGUUGUUACAAACUUGUUCUUCCAUUAACAAGAUGUGAAAC